CUGGCAUUUUCUCCCCAUGAAAUGCAGUUAGGUGAAAUAAACUCUUUUGUGUACUGAGGGGCUCACAGAGGGACGGACCCUCACGGCUAGAACACAUUUUUUGUGGAUGCCUUCCAUAGACAAAUUCUGCCAUCAGCCCUAGGACUACGGGCUUGCCGUGAGGAUGUCAAGGAAAAGAACUGGGCGGUGAAAGGUGACCAGAUGGCUGGAUAAACUUGGGAUCGGGAUGAGGGGCGCCUUGUACGACAGGAAAUUCUGCUCUCCAAGGCUCCACGGAUCCAAAUCCUCGGAGGUGACUGGAAGCUUCAGUUUCAAGUUGAGUAGAUUUUUCCAGCCCUGGAUCUGCUUGUUUUGUCAGUUUUACUUUGAGUCUUGACGACGUCGUCGGACGGAACAGCUCAAACCCACGGCUUCCUUUCUCGUAAAACCAAAACAAAAAGGUCCUCUGUUCAGGUGCCGUGUUUGUGGUACACACAUGUAGCACCUACCUGGGAUCAAAGCUGUCUAUAUAAAGUCCUUGAAUCUGUGUGGGUUCAAACACAUUUCAACGCUUCAGGAUCCUGAAAGGUUUCACUCCGCUUCCUGAAGAUCUGAGCACGGUUCCCAUAAAGCCAUGGCUUGUCUUGGAGUCCCGAGGUGCAAGGUUCCACUGCAGCUAGCUUCUAGGAACUGGCCCUUUGUGGUCCUGCUUGCUUGUCUCUCCAUCCCGACCUUCUCCAAAGCCAUACAUGUGACCCAGCCUUCGGUGGUAUUGGCCAGCAGCCAUGGUGUCGCCAGCUUUCCAUGUGAAUACACAUCUUCACACAACACUGAUGAGGUCCGGGUGACAGUGCUGCGGCAGACAAGUGACCAGAUGAUGACUGAGGUCUGUGCCUCCACAUUCACAAUGAAGAAUAAGUUGGGCUUCCUAGAUGAUCCCUUCUGUAGUGGUACCUUCAAUGAAAGCAAAGUGAACCUCACCAUCCAAGGACUGAGAGCUGCCGACACUGGACUGUACUUCUGCAAAGUGGAACUCAUGUACCCACCACCAUACUUUGUGGGCAUGGGCAACGGGACCCAGAUUUAUGUCAUUGAUCCAGAACCAUGCCCAGAUUCUGAUGUCCUCCUUUGGAUUCUUGCUGCCGUUAGUUCAGGAUUGUUUUUUUACAGUUUCCUGAUCACUGCUGUUUCUUUGAGCAAAAUGCUAAGGAAAAGAAGUCCUCUUACCACAGGGGUCUAUGUGAAAAUGCCCCCAACAGAGCCCGAAUGUGAAAAGCAAUUUCAGCCUUAUUUUAUUCCUAUCAACUGAAAGGCCAUUCGUGAAGAAGAAAGACUGUAUUUCAAUCUCUAAAAGCUGAGGCAAUUUCAACUUUCUUUUCGCUCUCCAGCUAUUUUUCCUCGGUUGUGUAUUUUAAGGAGAGUGUGCCUCCUUACUAUGAAACUGGAUGCAGAAUUCAAAUUAAGCAUACUACAAUUUAAAGCUAAGGACCAAGAACAGAGUGCUGGGAUAUUUCUGUUAUGUCAGAACAAUUUUAGUGAAAGCAUCACUCAGAAGCAACAUAAGGAUGUAGCAUUAUGACGUGGGGUCAGGGAAAUAUUAGGAAAUGGCACAGUCCAAAGAAAGGAAGGGGAUGAAAGAUAGGGUUAUAUUGUCCACACCUUGUAUUUACCUGUGAGAUGUUUGACUUAAAUAAUUUUUAAAAUUUUCAUGCUGUUAUUUUUUUAACAAGUGUAUAAUUACAUGAAGAUUUAAAAAUUUGUCCACACAGCUAUGUGAUAGCCAGUGAUUCCAAUGGUUAUAUUGUUCCAACGUGUAUUUUUAACUGAUAUUAUACCUGGGUGUUUCAUGUGCUGUUAUGUAUUUGUUGAUGGUUUGAAUAUAAACACUAUAUAUCAGUGUCUUCCCACAGUGGGUUCUGGGGAAGUUUUGUUGGGGAGCUCAGGACACUAAUAGAUCAGGAAGGACACAAGGUCCUGGGUUUACUGGCUUGGAAAUUGGAUGAGGCUGUAGCUCAGUGCUCAGUUGUACUCAACUGGGGUUGACUUCAGCACUGGGGUUUUUUGUUUUGGUUUUUGUUUUCUUCAGUGAUUUGCAAGGAAACCAAAGCUGGUGGUGUCUGUGUAAACCUGACAGAACAUUGUUUUCUGGGAACUGUUUCAUUCAUGAGCCCUGUAGGUCUGGUCUUCUGGGAAGCUCCAAUACUGGGGCCCGUACUCCUCACAGAACACAAAGUUUAUACCACAGAAAGAAGAAAUCAGCAGGAGGUAGAAUGGGUACAUGAAAGUUCCUGAAAACUAACACUGUUGUGUUUUUUUUUAACUCAAUAUUUUCCAUGAAAAUGCAACAACAUGUAUAAUAUUUUUAAUUAAAUAAAACUUGUUUGGUGAUU